CGAAUAUCGAACAACAUCUUCUACGUACUACUGUCUGUUAUCAAGGUUCGACUUCAGCUAAGUACAUCAAAAGAACAUAAUAAAGGCUACUGUCUGUUAUAAUCAAGGUUCAACUUCAGCUAUCAAGGCUACAUCAAAAGAACAACCUCCUGUAAGUAAAGUAUCUUCAACAAGAUGAAUCCUUUCCUGAAAGACGAAGAGGAGCUGCGCAAGGCGUCGCGUUUCUCACGUACUUCGUCCGCUUUUUCUCCUCGUGAAGACGAGGUCAUAGAUUUCGGGUUCGGUGAUGACGAUCCCUUAGCUGGCCAAGACGAUGAUGACGUACUUCUUCCUUCAAAGAGUCGAGCGGAAAGCUUCGAACAGGAUGGCGGAAAUGACAAUGGAUCAAAUGAUGGCAAUGUUGGAGCAGGAGAGGAUGCAGCUAUUGGUGAGGAUUCUUUUCAACCUAGUGGUGAACAAGUAGAAGAUCCGGCCGCUCCUGUUCUUGGAGAUGAUGAAAAAGGAACUACAAGCUGUUGUGCUGACGGAAGUGGAAGUUCCUUUGAAGAUAGGAACACUUCUCCUAAGAACUCCGAUGCUGCAGCUCCUGGUCGCAAACAUAAAACUCAACGAGAAGUUUCUUGUUCUAAGGACGACAAGGAUACACAUGAUAAUUAUAAAGUAGGGAAAACGGCCAGCACAAGUAGAGCAGCAACUCCACC